AUGCAAAUGCUCCAACGAAUUCAAUUGACGCCUUUACUUGCGCGAGCUCGCCAAUGCGCGCCGGCUGGCCUCCGUUCGCCCACACCUCACCUCUACUUUAAUUACCUGACCAGACAAUCCUCAACAUCCCAUACGUAUAGAAAGCUUGAUCUACCGGCACUCGACAAGAAAUGGCAAGCAAAAUGGCUAUCGCCCGACGCAAGAGCGCGACCGGCGGUAGUAUCCCAAGGCGAGCGCAAGCCGAAGUCCUACGUCCUGUCAAUGUUUCCAUACCCGUCCGGCACCUUGCACAUGGGUCAUCUCAGGGUAUACACAAUAUCCGAUGUGAUAUCACGAUAUUACAGAAUGUGUGGCAGGGAUGUGCUACAUCCCAUGGGUUGGGACGCGUUUGGUCUUCCAGCUGAGAAUGCGGCUAUCGAACGCGGUGUGGAUCCUGCUGUCUGGACGGAGCAGAACAUUGCAAAGAUGAAGGAACAGUUGAAGUGCAUAUCCGCUCAUUUUGAUUGGGAUAGGGAACUAGCAACAUGCGCGCCCGAGUUCUACGAGCACACGCAGCGACUAUUUCUGAUGCUCUACGAGAAGGGUCUGGCAUACCAGGCUGAAGCAUUAGUCAACUACGAUCCCGUUGACAAGACAGUCCUCGCAAACGAGCAAGUGGAUGCGAAUGGGUUUUCGUGGCGGUCGGGCGCGAAAGUUGAAAAGCUCAACCUCAAACAAUGGUUCUUUCGCAUCACGCAAUUCAAGGAAGACCUGCUGAAAGACCUUGAUUCACUCGUUGGAGGCUGGCCUGAGCGAGUGCUGUCCAUGCAACGAAACUGGCUGGGAAAGUCUUACGGUGCAAACGUCACGUUCCCGGUCACCGCUGGCCCCGAUGGACAGGAGGUCCACGUGGAAGUAUUCACAACCCGCCCAGACACUCUGUAUGGUGUGGAAUACCUUGCUCUGGCGCUGGAUCAUCCCAUCGUCGUCAAGGCAGCCGAGACCGACCCGGCGCUCCGAAACUUCUUAGAUGAAGCCGCAUCAUUACCGGCCGAUUCAAAAGCUGGCUAUCGUUUGAAUGACGUGACGGCGUCUCAUCCGUUACGUUUGAUUGAUACCGAGAGCCCUCAUAUCCAGAGAAAACUGCCGGUUUUCGCAGCACCGUAUGUCUUAAGUGACUAUGGAGAGGGCGCUGUGAUGGCCGUACCUGGCCACGACAACCGGGACAUAGCCUUCUUCAAAGAGAACAUGCACCCGGAUUUGAUCCCUCUUGUCAUCGAGCCAGAAUGUUCGAGCAAUGCUACAAAUGACAACAUGGUGCCUGCAAAAGAUGCCAAAGCCUUCACCCAGGAGGGACUGCUGACUGCACGAAGUGGAAAGUACCAAGGCCUACAUUCACGAGACGCUGCGAAACAGAUCGUGGCAGACUUGGAGAAAGUUGGGCAUGCGCGAUUUGCUGAGACAUGGCGGCUACGGGACUGGCUCAUCAGCCGGCAAAGGUAUUGGGGAGCUCCGAUUCCCAUUAUUCACUGCGGCGACUGUGGCCCUGUACCAGUCCCGGCCUCAGAUCUUCCCGUCAAGCUGCCGAAGAUUGAAGGGGAAUGGCUGAAAGGGAAGAAAGGUAACCCACUUGAAUCUUCUGAGGAAUGGCUACAUACCAACUGUCCCAGCUGCGGUGGUCCUGCCAAGCGUGAUACAGAUACUAUGGACACUUUUGUCGACUCAUCUUGGUACUUUUUACGCUACCUGGACCCUGCAAACAAGGAAGCGCCGUUCUCGCCCUCUGUUGCCCAACCGGUUGAUGUUUAUAUCGGUGGCGUAGAGCAUGCGAUUUUGCAUUUGCUGUACGCUCGAUUCAUCUACAAAUUCCUCGCACAGUCUGAGCUGUUUCCGAAAAUGUCCGAUUCCCAAGAUGUCCCAGCAGAGCCCUUCAAGACAUUACUGUCGCAAGGCAUGGUUCACGGCAAGACUUUCACAGAGCCUUCGACAGGGCGAUUUUUGCUCCCAUCUGAAGUUGACUUGACGAGCCCAGACAAACCUUUGAUCAAGGGGACCCAAAUUAUGCCCAACGUGUCUUUUGAGAAGAUGUCUAAGAGCAAAUAUAAUGGCGUGGAUCCUACUGUCUGUGCUGCAAAGUACGGCGCCGAUGCGACCCGUGCGCACAUCCUCUUCUCUGCUCCGGUCAGCGAAGUGCUUGAAUGGGAUGAGACAAAGAUUGUUGGCGUCGAACGUUGGUUCGGUCGGCUCUGGAAGCUGGUCCUCGAUACCCAGCAGUCUCUAAGCCGCGCAGCCUUCGCUCUCCCCACGGUUGAUAUACAAAUUCCCACCGGACACCUCAUGAACCUGCCCUCUCUCGAUGAUAUGAGCGACCCCGACGCAGAUGCGAUCUUAGCGACCCACAACAUCAUAUCAUCGGUGACAUCGUGCAUUGAAACCAACCCCUAUGGGCUAAACACGGUCAUUUCGGAUUUGAUCAAAUUGACCAACGCUCUGACAUCGGCCCCACCUUCCAGCCCUCUUGUAUUGUACCUGUCCAUUUCGUCUCUUCUGCGCCUUCUCUCCCCAAUUGCCCCCGCCUUUGCAUCAGAGACCUGGGAAAUCCUCCACGAGACAAUCCUCAAAUCCAACACGCCCGAGCCUUCAAUACCUGCGGUUCAUUCUUGUCCCUGGCCCACCCCACUCCUGACUCCUGAGCAGGUCGAGGCUCUCUCGGCUCGCGGUGGUCAAACAGUUGCGAUCCAGAUUAAUGGGAAACUUCGCUGUGCGGUGACCAUCCCGUGCAUGGAGCAGUCCCCCACUGCGCCUUCUGGGGGAAAAGGACCAUCGAAGGAGGAGCAAGACUGGAUUGUCAGCCGAGUUUUGGAAACUACCGAGGGCAAGCUGUGGCUCCAAGAGAAGAAUGAUUGGGAGAAGAGGAAGCGUGUCAUUGUUGUCAAGGGUGGCAAGCUGAUGAAUGUUGUGUUCUAG